UGCAAUGAAAGGAAAGAAGGAAGAAAGAAGAAAAACCCUAAACCCUGCAAUGGCGGGUGAUGUUCUCCCAAUGGAAAUUAUCUCCGAAAUCUUCUCCCGCUUACAUCCACAAUCACUUCUCCGAUUCCGCUCAACUUCAGAAUCGCUUAAAUCCAUAAUUGAUUCUCACAACUUCACCAAUCUUCACCUCAGAAACUCUGACAACUUCAACCUCAUCCUCCGUCACAACACCAAUCUCUAUCAACUCCAUUUCCCUAACCUAACCACCGCCGCCAUCCCACUCAACCACCCUCUGUUUUACACCAACCGCAUCGCACUUUUCGGUUCAUGUAACGGCCUCCUCUGCAUUUCCUCCAACAACGAAAUCGCUUUCUGGAACCCUAACACCCGUAAACAUCGGAUUAUCCCUCAUCUCCUUAUCCCUUUUCCUCAAUCUGAUAUCAACAUCCACUUCGCCUUAACCAUUCACGGAUUCGGCUUUGAUCCUUUUUCAUCCGAUUACAAACUCAUCAGAAUCUCUUGGUUUGUUGAUCUACACAACCGUACUUUUGAUUCAUAUGUCAGACUCUUCACCUCGAAGACGAACUCGUGGAAAGUACUUCCUAAUAUAGAGUAUGCUCUUUGCCAUGUAAAUACCAUGGGAGUUUUUGUUGAGAAUUCUAGUUCUCUUCAUUGGAAAAUGACAAGGAGAUAUGAUAAGUUUCAACCUUUGUUAAUUGUCGCAUUUAACCUAACACUCGAGGUUUUCAAUGAGGUUCCUUUUCCUCAUGAAAUAGGAGGAGGUGAAGAGGUUACUAAUAGUGCAAGUUUUGAAAUUGAUGUUGCUGUUUUGGGAGGGUGUCUUUGUUUGACUGUGAAUCAUCAUACUAAGAUUGAUAUUUGGGUGAUGAAAGAAUAUGGAUGUAGAGAUAGUUGGUGUAAACUUUUCACAUUGAUGGAAUCGUGUUUCGUUUUACCUUUGAAAUCUUUGAGCCCUUUGGGUUAUUCGAGUGAUGGUAAAAAGGUUUUGUUGGAUCUUAAUCACAAGAAGCUGGUUUGGUAUGAUUUGAAGAGUGAACAAUUUAGUUAUGUUGACGGAAUUCCUAAAUUCGAUGAAGCUAUGAUUUGUGUUGGAAGUCUUGUACCACCCUCCUUCCCUGUUGAUAAUUCUAGGAAGAAGGGGAAUCAUUCAAGCAAGACCAAGAGAAGGGAUGACUUCUUGUCAAAAGGAUUUAAAUUGACAUUGUAAGGGAGUGAAGGAAGAACCUUUGUUGUGUAGCUGAAGCAAGUUCUUUAUAGUGAUGAUGGAAUUUGUCAUGUUGGUUUGCAGGAAGCAUUAAAUUGAUUAGGAAUGGUGCAUCACCUAGUUUUAACUCUCUUCUUUAAUGUUGUGAGAUCACACUUCUCUCUGUCAUUUAGAAUCUCACAUGAGGGGAUUCAUCUCGGUAGAACCGUGAAAGGAUGGAAGUGAAACAAAGAUCUCUAGCCAAAAUAUAAGACUGAAGAUCAGAUACCAUAUGUACAUGACUUCUUUCUUUUCCUUUUUUUUUUUUGGUUUAUCACUUGGUAUGCAAUUGCUAGGUUCCUGUUAUAAGCAAUACAAAGAAAAAUGCCAUAUUUGCUGUUUAGGUGUAAGAAAGUGUUGAAAAUGACUUAU